UGUCAAGAUUGCUGCUUGCGAGAUCAACGUUUGCAUUUCAAGCUAAUAAACAAAAGUUUUGAACUUUUCGUCAUUCCAUCUCUAAACGUUUCCCGGUUUCCAAAACACUCAGAAUGCCGAAGGUACGCCGUAGCCGGAAGCAACCACCAGAAGGCUGGGAGUUGAUCGAACCAACGCUGGAAGAACUGGAGCAAAAAAUGCGAGAAGCGGAAACGGAACCACACGAGGGAAAACGUAUAACCGAAUCGUUGUGGCCAAUUUUUAAAAUACACCAUCAGAAAUCGCGGUACAUUUACGAUCUGUUCUAUCGGCGAAAAGCGAUAAGUCGAGAGCUGUACGAGUAUUGUCUGAAGGAGAAGAUUGCCGACGGUAAUCUGAUUGCAAAGUGGAAAAAAUCUGGCUAUGAAAAUUUAUGCUGCCUGAGAUGCAUUCAGACGAGGGACACCAAUUUUGGUACAAAUUGCAUCUGUCGUGUUCCUAAGUCGAAACUGGAGGAAGGUCGUGUGGUGGAAUGUGUGCACUGUGGGUGCCGAGGUUGUUCCGGUUAGGCGGUACGUCGCGAAAUUAGCUUUUAUCAUAUGCUUGGGUGGUUUGUGUGUUUGACGACUGAGAUUCGAGUAUAAAUUGUUUUUAUAAGAA